GAUGGUACAGCCACCCCAACUUUCUCUUUUGCCAAAUCGAUCCCUGACCAACUCCUCAUCUCCUUCUCUAUAGCGGAGCAGAGCCGACUUGGGAGCAUCUCCAACCGUGAUCGAAACCUCACCGUCCUCUAGAUCCUGCAGGGGAAGACUAUCAGGGAUUUGGGUUAGAAGAAAAGCGGAAGAAGAAAAGCCAGGACAAAAGAAGGAAGUAGGAAAACAGGGAAGAGAAGAUGGCAAGAGUUGGGGGAGGAUUUGGUGGCACUCAAGAUAAUGUCAAGCAACUUGAGGAUUGCUCGGUUUCCAAUGCACUUGGUACAUGGUUCUUCUCUGUAGCUGGGGCUCUGGUUGCUAUCCCAGUGGGGAUCCGAAAGAAGUCCUUGGCACCCUUGGUCUUUUUUGGUACUACCGGCACUAUGCUUGAUAUUAUCAUGGGAAUCAGCCAGUGUGAAAGAGAACAUGCAGAACGCCAAUUGAAGCUUUUGGAAGCACAAAAUGCAGCAAACGCUUCAGUGGAGUCUGAAAGCUAACUUCUAGCAAAUUCCUUGCACCACAUCCACUUCCAGGCUUCAUUUGUUGUAUAAAGCUUUAUAAGAUAUUGGAGGCUUUUAUUUAAAGUGGAUGUGCCGUUGCAUAACAUAGGGAGAAUGAGCAAGAUACUUGAUGUUCUCAUAAAUUUGGGUUUUAUGUAUCUCAUAUACCUUGUUUGAUGUUUCUCUUGGAUUCUUUCCAUUGGGCAAGCAGGCUUGCAUGAUUUUAGCUCU